AUGGUGGAGUCGACAGGUCCUACGGUUGUUGCACCUGCUGAGGACGAGAAAUCCCGUGCCCUUACAAACUAUAGGAAGAAACUGGUGGAGUACCGAGACAUUGAGCAGCAGCUGAAGCAACUGCGAAAGAAGGAAGCCGAGACACAGAAAAGUUUCGACAAAUCCGAAAAUGAUAUCAAGUCGCUGCAAUCAGUGGGUCAGAUCGUGGGCGAGGUGCUCAAACAGCUCACCGAGGAGAAAUUCAUCGUUAAGGCCACUAAUGGACCCAGAUACGUGGUUGGCUGUCGCCGUUCAAUCAACAAAGAAGCCCUCAAGCAGGGUACUCGUGUAGCUCUUGAUAUGACCACACUCACUAUCAUGCUUUCACAUGAGAUUGAGAUCUUCGACUUGCGUUCAAAGAAUGCCCUAAACUCCCAUUCGGUAACACCUGACUUUAUUCCCCUUCAUCUCAUCAAAAGGACUGCGCAUUGUCUUGCUUUACCUUUGGAACUACUCUUUAAUUUGUCAUAUAUGAGAUCGGAGGUCCCAUCAAGGUGGAGACACUCUUUCAUUGUUCCAGUUCCGAAAAAGCCUCCCUUCAGCAAUCCUUCCAACUAUCGGCCCAUAAGUGUCACUUCUGUUUUUGCACGACUUUUUGAAAAAAUAGUCAAAGGAAAAGUGACUACUUAUUUGAACCGAAAACAGUCUUAUUCCCAUAAAUCAGCACGGUUUCUCAACGGGGCGUUACCUUCUUUCAACGUGACUGGACCAGCGCACUUGAUACCAGAAAGCCUAUUACAUGUGCGGGGUGAUAUUUUCGACUUUUGCAGAGAAGCGUUGGUCGAUCGGGUACCACACCGCAAACUCACUGCUAAGUUAGAAUCGCUCGGGAUUUAUCCUCUCAUAGUACGCUGGAUUGAAUCAAUCGGUAGUGAACGUUUCAGUCGUAGCUACAAAAUUGGAUCAGUAACUUUAGAGUCAGUUCAAGAGAUAAAGGAUCUAGGUUUCAUCUUCUCCAACAAACUUGGAUUUGAAACACAUUAUAAGACAUUG